CUGCGCUUUAGCGGUAUUACACUUUGGGGGUGAUUUUCAAUAACACUGAGGGGAGUUAGAGCACUUUUAGCCGUCACUUUGAACACGAGUCACUGCAACAGCCCGUAUAUUUUAAUCAUCUUGGGCUUUGGACAAGCGAAACAUCAUCUUAAACAUUUCUGAAGUCAGAGCGUGUCGUGUUUUGGACGGCAGCUACGAGAAUACCAGGGGAGCUAGAGGCAUAUACUGCCAAUUAAACCUCCAGGUACCACUCCUGAGGUACUUUGGAGGAGGACCACUCUACCCACAGCUGGGGCAGUGAAGUGGAGAUGCUGGUGUUCCUCUACUGGCUGGCUAGUGCCACAUCAUACCGUGUCGUGGAAGAGGCUUUUGCAAUUCCAACGCCAACAGUCUUUGACUUGGUGCACAAGGCCAGUAAGAGGGUCCUUGCCAUUGUGAAGCGGGUGAUCCGUUUCCCCACUGCUGCAGAGAUGGACGGAGUUGGUGCUGGUUUUGCUCGCCUUGCGGGGUCGGCAGUGUUUGCUCGUGCGGCUGGCAGCAUUGAUGGCUGCCAUGUGAGAGUGGUUGCCCCAGCAGCACACGAGCAGGCAUAUUUAAACCGCAGACUCUUCCACUCGAUCCAGUUCCAGGCCAUCUGUGACCACAGGGGGAAGUUCCUGGACGUCUUUGUGGGUUACCCUGGAUCAGUCCAUGAUGCACAUGUCCUCAGGCACUCUGAUGUGUAUGUUCAUCAGCUGUACCCCCCUCAGGCAUGGUUCCUCAUUGGAGACGUUGGAUACCCCUGCAUCCAAGACCACAUCACCCUCAUCACACCCUAUCGGGAGCCAGUGCAGAGCCCUGUACACCACAGGUUCAAUAGCAAGCGCUCCAGAGCCAGGCUUGUUGUAGAGCAGGCCUUUGGGGUCAUGAAAACAAGGUGGCGGACCAUCUUCCUCAAGGCUAUGGCAGUGAGAAUUCCAUUUGCCGUGGAGGUGAUAACCUGCUGUGCUGUGCUGUUCUGCACAACCUGUGCCUGGGUACAGAGGACCUGGAAUCCCCUUCUGAUCAGGACGUGGAUGAGGCUGACCCUGAUGCUCCUGCUCAUCCUCAGGUGGCUGAUGGCCUUCGAGAUCGGCUUGCAGCUGCAGUCUCAGCACCUGUAGUCUGUGUUCCUGCACUGUGUGAUCACGACUACACCACUUGAAGAGCACCUCCAUGACACCUGAACCUCGCAUGCACAUUGUUUGUCAGUAAACACAUUACACCUGACACAUUUACACAAUUCACUAUUCACCCUCCACUUAUCACUGUCACAACAUUUUCAUUGUAUUUAUUUAUUUUUUUUGGGAGGCCCUGGAUCAGCAUUCUUGUCGCGCCUCCUGUCAGUACCUGUCAACAGGGAAGCUAAUGAUCCAACACAAUUAACAUUGUAUGUAAACAAAACAAAACAUGGCUGGGCGAUAAUAAAGACUUUUUUUCAGGAAAUUGCAUGAAUGGAGUGUUGCUGUUAAUCAUUUAAAGUUUAUGGUCAUUGUGUAUUUUCAGUGUAACCUAAUUUACAAUUGUCAUCUACCUCCUCAAGGAUGACAUUCAUCAUGUGGAGUUUGCAUUCCACUUACCUUAACCUUAAUCACAAGGACCAUGGAUUGACCUUUGUUUAAAGAUUGAAUCUAAUUAUGCUGAUUGGGUUGUUGGGCAGCAGGAAUUCUGUCUGUAUUAAGAACGUUGGUGAUUUGCUUAGCUCUACAGCAAAAGCUCAACUUUUCAUGUGCUAUGCAAGAGGUGUUACUUCCUACAUGAAGAUUUUGUGGGGAGAAAAAGCCAACUUGAGUUCCAAAAAUGAUUUAAAGGGUCCUGACAUAUCUCCCAAAUGAUAUAAUAACCAGUCCAGAAACACUGUUCAACCAUUGUUCAGAAAUGUCAUGUUAAGAAUGAAUGUGCCAGAUGAAUUGACACAUUUGCUUUCAUUACUGUAAAUGAACAAAUGCCCCAGCAAAGAUAAAGAAUGAGAUUCACCAUAAAGUCUAAUACUGGCAUGUUCUACAUUUGUACAAUAUCUUUCAUUAUU